UUUUGCAAUUUAUUUAUUUAUUUUUGUAAAAAAAUUAAUUUUCACACGCAAAAUAUAAACACAACAUUACUCACGAACUCAUACAUGUAUGAGCAAAAUGUCGAUAUGUUAUCGGGAAAUGUCGAUAUUUCAUCGAUAGGUGAUUGCAUUCCGAUAAUUUUCCAUUACUGGGGUUUCAAAAAAGGGCGCAUUUUCGGGAAUGCCUUUUUAUGACCAAUGGCUAAAGAACGCUUGGUUCGCGAAUUAUUUGGAAUAUUUUGUUACAGGACUGUGUCAAAAGAAACAUUGACAAUUAAAUUUACUUAGCCAGCUUUUUGUCAAUACUCAUAAAACUUAUAAAAAUAAAUAACUAGAGGUUCGCUUCACAGACAAAAUGCCGAAUAAUAUGAUUAGACCCAAAGGACCUUAUGUCCUUCAACGGCUAAAUCGACGACAAAUAGAACAUCAAGAGGAAUUACGUCGCCGCCUGAAUAACAGAUUAUAUGUGCCCGAACCAAAAAUGACUUUUAUUCGUCUAUUGAAAUUAAUUGGAUAUUUCUGCAUAUUCUAUUUAGUGUUGGGACUCUUUGCUUGGUGCUAUAUGGAAUUACUAUUUUUUGGCAUAGCCAAGGACGAUCAGCCGCAUAGGAUCAAAGCUCCCGGAUUAUCCGCCGUGCCAGGAUAUUUGGUGGGUGUUGAAAAACAGAUUAUUUGGAGAUCAGAUUUAACAAAUGAAAUCGGAUCCCUGAUGAGGCAAAUAGAGGAUUUUGUCGAGCCUUAUGGCUUUGAAGGUGAACGUUUUCUAAGACCUUGCAAUUUGGAUAAUAAUUGGGGUUACACUUCAAGGCAACCGUGUAUACUAUUAAAAUUGAAUUUCUCUCAAAAUUUCACUGUAUUCACAUAUAACGAUGGCAUCACAUUGCCCGAUGAAGCGCCCAUGGCAUUAUACAAUUAUCUUACCCAGGCCGCCGAAGAAAUGCGUAGAAAUCGCAUUUGGAUAAAUUGUGAAUUUACGGAGGAUCACGAGGAUGCCUAUUUCGAAUAUAUACCCUACAGAUAUUACGAUGCCGAUGGUUUGUUUCAAAAGCAACAUGAUUAUUUACAAUUUGUUUCCGAAAACUUGACCGAAAUUGAAGUUCACGAAGAUCCUGCAUAUCGUCGCGUUUUGGGAGUACAAGUGUUGAAUCUUCCGACGAAUAUGGACAUACAUUGUAAAUGUGCGGUCUGGGCAAAAAAUAUACCAUUAAAUCUGGGAACUGUCAAAUUUAUGCUGCAUUUAAUAGAAGUUGUUAAAGAAGAAAACGAUAUAGAUUAAGACUGUCGUGUUCCAGAAAAGUCCUGGCCAAAAGAAUAUUGGAAAUUCAGUUAGUUAUUUUAUAGAAUAAUGACAUACAAACUUAUGUAAAUGAUAUUCAAUAAAGUAUACAAGCUCAA